CAUAUAUCGGGGUUUGGAGAAGAAGAGGCUUGUUGUUGGUGGUGGUUUUUCAUGCAAGUGCCAUUUUGUCUACAUGUCGAGAGCGCCGUGAUUGGAUUUUGUGUGUCGGUAUUGGGGCCAAUCAGAGAAACCGGGCGGCUGACAAACGGAUAGUCAUCUCAUACAGUUAUGUGCCCCUCACAGCUGUAGCAGUAGACUGAAUUGAGGCCUUUCAGAGUUCAGUGACCAUGGAGCAGUACACUACCGCCACCACAUCUACUGGGGAACAGAUAGUGGUUCAGUCUGCUGCUGGGCAGAUCCAACAGGUGCAGGGGCAGCCUCUGAUGGUGCAGGUGAGCGGUGGUCAGCUCAUCACCUCGUCGGGCCAGCCCAUUAUGGUCAUGGGGGGGCAGGGGGGGCAGGGGCAGACCAUCAUGCAGGUGCCAAUGUCUGGAGCUCAGGGGCUCCAACAGAUCCAGCUUGUGCAGCCGGGUCAGAUCCAGCUCCAGGGGGGACAGACUCUACAGGUUCAGGGUCAGCAAGGCCAGACCCAGCAGUUCAUCAUUCAGCAGCCCCAAACUGCUGUGACCGCAGGACAGAACCAGGGCCAGCAGCAGAUUACAUUGCAGCCGGGGCAGCAAGUGGCUCAGACUGCAGACGGCCAGACCAUUGUGUACCAGCCAGUCAACGCUGAUGGCUCCAUUCUACAGCAAGGUAUGAUCACCAUCCCUGCCUCUAGUCUGGCUGGUGCUCAGAUCGUACAGGCAGGGAACAGCACCAACACAACCAACAGUAGUCAGGGUACAGUGACCGUCACACUGCCUGGGAACAUGGUCAACGCAGGCGGCAUGGUCAUGAUGGUUCCUGGUGGCGGUGGCACUGUGCCCACCAUGCAGCGUAUCCCCCUGCCGGGGGCAGAGAUGCUGGAGGAGGAGCCUUUGUACGUCAAUGCUAAGCAGUACCACCGCAUCCUGAAGAGACGGCAGGCCCGCGCCAAGCUGGAGGCAGAGGGAAAGAUCCCCAAGGAGAGGAGGAAAUACCUGCACGAGUCUCGUCACAAGCACGCCAUGGCGAGGAAGAGGGGUGAUGGCGGACGCUUUUUCUCGCCGAAGGAGAGGGAGGAGAUGGCUCUGGCCAUGCAGGUGAGGAGGGCUCAGGGCGCCCUCAAACAAGAGGACGUGUUCGGAGGUCUUGAACUCAACUCUAAUUGGCAAUCUACUUCUGUUGCCUCCCUCAGCUAACCAACAAGUAGCAGCCAUUUCCACCCCUCACUCUGUCACAUGUCCACUGCAGCCAUUCAUUUCCCCUGCAGUCUUAAAACAGUCAUCCUUGCUAUCUUUGUAUGUUUUUAUUAUAUCGGUUACCUCAUAAUUUUAUAUCAAAGAAUAGUAUUGUUUUUUACAAGUUAUGUAUUUUUUCAGUAUAUAAAGGGGGUUGCUUUUAUAUGCGGGCAUAUUUUUAAAAAACAUUAAAGAAACAAACAUUUUUUGUUAUUUUGAGGUAUUGCAGCCACUUGAUUCCUAACCACCUCUCUGGAAAACAAUUCUGAGUUCUAAAGCUUGUUCUUUUACAUAGAGCUGUACAUACUGACCAUAGGAGGCUGCUGAGGGGAGAACGCCUCAUAAUAAUAUCCAGAACAGAGCAAAUAUAAUGGCAGCAAACACCUGGAAACCAUGUGUUGGAUGUAUUCGUUACCGUUCCACCAAUUCCGCUCCAGUCAUUACCACGAGCCCAUCCUCCCCAAUUACGGUGCCACCAACCUCCUGUGAUACUGACUUAGUAAAAUGUUCUCCAAUGUCAUUUGAAAUGUGUUUUUGCUUUGUGUGAGCUCUUGUUGCAAGCUGAAGAAUGUUUGAAUGUUAAUGUUGUUGUUUUUGUCCAGUGUUGCUUCCUUGCUGUGUUGUCUUGUUGAGCUUGUACCACGUUGUAGUGUAAACCUCUCUGCUAACACCUGUGUUCAUUUAACAGCUGCAGGGCUAGGAUGGGAGUGGUUUAAAGGUACUGUAUGAAUUUAACACAAGAUCACUAUAAAAAAAUAAAAAAUAAUCCUAACCUUUGUCAAUGCUGCUUCAUAUUAUGAAUGUCUUGGAUCAGACCCACCCCUCAAUGUAGGAUGAUUUAUCCUAUUAUCCUAAUUUUAAAUAUUAAACAUGGUGCUAUACAUCCAACCAUCCUUGGAGAAAGAGCAAGACACACCAACGCUGAGCAUUCAGUAUUUAUACACCCAUUAAGCCUGAAUUUGCAGCAGUUUUAUUUAUGCCCACGCAAGGUUUAUUGGGAAGUUGGUAAUGGCUAACCACAUGUAACAGAUUAAGAGGCCAUGUGUGUGUUUUCUGUGUAUAGUGUUUGUGUAUGAUUCCUGUUUCUGUUUUCUAUUAGUUUUUAUGAUUGCUGCCAUUUUUCUGACACUGCCACCUGUCUCAUUGUCCAUCAUACACAUUUGUGAUGUGUGUGUGUGUGUAUACGAUUAAAAAUGUCUCUUUCUGUUGGUAUUGUUUUUAAUAUGAAUAAAGACCUGGCUUUCAAUGUUA